AUGAAUAAUCAUUGGGGCGAAACUCCUCUUGCUAAAACAGCUCCAGUGACUGAUCUCAAACCUAAACCAGUAUCACCAAUGAAAACACCAAAAACAAUGAAAAGAAAUACUUUAUCACUUUUAUCCUAUAAACGCCCAACAGGAGAAAUGCUCCUAUGCAAUAUUAGUACAUUUGGGAAGGAUGCUCCAAAGAUUGCUAUUGGAUGUAGCCGUCCAAAAUCUGUUUUUCCAGAUCAAACUCCAGGUCCUGGACAUUAUGAUCCAACAGAUCCUGGAGAAUCAAGAAAGAUACAUCAUCAUAUUUCGAAAACAGUAGAAAAACCAAGAGCAACUGAUACCGCCAAUAUUGAUUUCAUCAAUUAUCGUAUUUUCCCAUCAUUAGCACCAGCAACUAUACCAAAAACUUCACACCAGGAAUAUUUCUCUUUUGAUAAAGACAUUCCAGGUCCUUCUUUUAUUCCACCAUCUACGUUAACUUCUAAAGGGCACAAGAUAGAGCCAAUAAGACCAACAAGGAAUCCAGGAGAAACUGCUCCAGGUCCAGGAUAUUACAAUCCCACUUAUGAAAAAACAAAACCAGCUUAUGUCAGCAAAACGACAAGAAACACAGACCAUUUCCCUGGAUCUACAACUCCAGGACCAGGAACUUACAAUCCAAACUUUGAUGCUGAACUUACAGUUCAACCUAAAUUUACAAUCGGAAAUAAAGUCAGAAACAAACGUAGAAGGAAGAACGAUCCACCUGAGGUACCAAGAGGUAAGCUUAUUGGUGUUGCACAAUUUGUUUUCCCUAUGGAUCCUUCAAUGAAUGAGGAUGAUGUGUUUCGAUAUAUUGCAUCCCAUCCACAACUCAAGUUUAUAGUCAAUGAGAUCAUGGAAUAUGUCUUAAUUAAUAAGCCAGAUGAUCCUCUAAAGUUUAUUCAUGAAUUAUUCUAUGAAAUGAAACUUGCUCGCAAACAAGUUGAAGAUGAGCAGCAUGAUUCGCCAGAUAAAGAUUUUCAACCUCCCGAUACCAUUGUUGUCGGUCAAGAUACCAAUUAA